UGCCCCAUAUUUUCUAUUUUCCUAUCAGUGAUUUGGUUAUAAGGAAUGAGUGAAUGACAGUGAGAGAACAACUCAACCCGGUCGUUGAACUAAACAAGACGCAGGUGAUACCAUUCAUUCCAAAUGAGUCCAGAACAAUUUCGAAUGCUUUGCGCUGCAGCCUGCAGGUUCACAUGCCCCAUUUUACCAUCAAAAUGUUCUUUUUUCCCUUAUGAAACCGCUGCUUAGCAAAUCUAGAACACGAGAGAAUACAGGCCCAAAUUCACCAAAAGUAAUGUUUAUUUCUGUUAUAUUUGUAGGCCUAAUUAUGUGUCGGAAAUGUUUCAUACACUGUCCUAUAUGUACCACCCCUAAAAACCAACUUAUUCAACGUGCCAGAUUUAUGUGUCAACCACAAUCAAAUCUGCAUUUCACCUAAACAGUGCGACAGUAGUACGUGAAAUUUAUGUAGCAGGGCUGAUCAAGAAAUUUAGCAUUUCAUCUGAAAAGUUGGGAUGAAGACACCGAAACUGUAGGUGGGGAUUGGGAAGCGCAAGGGGAUACAUUUUCGCCCGUCCUCUCGCGCUGCCGUCUCUACGCCUCGCCGGAGCGCGCGCGCACGCGGCGCGGGGCAUGCCGGAGCGCCGCCUACCGAUAACCGCUCCGGCCGCGGCCGGAUCCCGCCGCCAUUCCCGGCGGACGCGGCGCCGCUGCCGCCUAAUCCUCCUCCUCUCCCUCGCCCUCGCGCUUCUCUCCCUCGCCUACCUCUCCUUCUCCUCCCACGCCAACCUCCCGUUCCACGUGAUACAUCAUGGCCUGGCUAACAAGAACUUUUUGAAGGGAAAGGAUCAGGGAUACAGCUCUGAUGCUACUAAUAUCUCUAUGACUAAAGCUGAGUUGGAACUACCCAAAGGUCGAAAGAAAUCUCGCAAACGUUAUGUUCCAUGUGAAAUUCAUUUUUUGCCAUCGGUUGAUGAUCUUGUGGACCCUGCUCACUACAACAAUUUUACACAGUUCUCUUUGAACUAUAUAUUGAAGGAGGAAGUAUUGCCUGGUAAUGGCUUCAUUAAACCGUUGUUUGGUGGACACCAGAGUCUUCAGGAAAGAGAAGUGGCGUACCAUGCACAAGACCAAACCCUCCACUGUGGUUUUGUAAGUGGGACAGAGGGUUACCCUAGUACUGGAUUUGAUUUGGAUGAAAAUGACAGAAGAUAUAUGGCUACCUGCCGUGUUGCCGUGUCAUCAUGCAUUUUUGGAAGCUCUGAUUACUUGAGGAGACCAACUAAAAGCAGGAUUGGCUCUUACGCUAAGAAGAAUGUGUGCUUCGUCAUGUUCAUGGAUGACCUAACACUGGCAACCCUUUCCUCUGAAGGACACAUGCCUGAUGAAAAUGGAUUCAUUGGCCUGUGGAGAAUUGUUGUAGUUAAGAACUUACCAUACAAAGAUAUGCGAAGAGCUGGGAAGGUGCCAAAAUUUCUGGCUCAUCGACUCUUCACAUCCGCCAUGUACUCUAUAUGGUUGGAUAGCAAACUGCGUCUCCAUGCUGAUCCAGUGCUUAUCAUUGAGUAUUUCUUAUGGAGAAACAAAGCAGAAUACGCCAUUUCAAUGCACUAUGAUCGCUAUUGUGUAUGGGAUGAAGUGCUCCAAAACAAGCGCUUGAACAAGUACAAUCAUGCUGCUAUUGAUGAGCAAUUUCGCUUUUACCAGUCUGAUGGUCUUCUGAAGUUUAAUGACUCUGGCCAACAGCCUGUUCUUCCAAGCUAUGUGCCUGAAGGAUCAUUCAUUGUGCGUGCCCAUACACCGAUGUCUAAUUUGUUUUCCUGCCUUUGGUUUAAUGAAGUCAACCGUUUUACCUCGCGUGAUCAGCUGAGUUUUACAUACACUUACUUGAAGCUCAGGAGAAUGAAUCCAGGGAAACCUUUUCACCUCAAUAUGUUUAAGGAUUGUGAAAGAAGAGCAAUAGCUAAACUGUUCCAUCACCGAACUAACGAGACUACAUAUCCACCACCAGUUAAUCUUCAAUUGGACAAGACUCGCUCAUCGCUACAAGGCUGAGACUGCCAUUUGAGGAUUUAACAGCAAUAUAACUCUAUGUCAUCCAAGUGUUUACUUUCUUAUUGAGCAGCACUGUUGUGUUCUGUUUUGAUCGGAGGAGCAGAAAAGGAGUCAGUCAAUAUUUUUGGUGGCAAAUCAUCAAUUUAUUCGAGAAGUGGCAGUGUGCGUAACAUGCUUGUAGAGAAAAUAAAUCAAGUAAUCUUUGCACAGCCAUUGGUAGUAGAAUCGUAGAAAUACCAAUUAUUACUUUCAGGAAAAUCUUUUCGAUUUUGACUUAAUGUUGUUAUAAUGUUCAACGAACGAAUUUAAAUGUUGGUAUGAGACCGUCUUUUUCCCCCUUUCUAUGCUCAUACGCACAUGGCAACAUGUAUCAUUUUUCAGGCUUUGCAAGUACAUACGCCUAGAGUAGUUUUUGAA